CGACGGAAUUCCGAGGAAGCAAAAUUUUGUGUUUCCUCGGAAUUGCUUCGGAAAAGCCUCGGUAUAUUCCGAGGAAUUCAUUUUCCGUCGGACCGUCCGUCAGAAUACCGCUGUUUUCUUGUAGUGUAUGCUUAACUAUCUCCUCUGGACAGGUAACAAACAUGUUAAUAGGAUAUUUCCGGUUUGACUAUACCAAAUUGAUAUAACCGGUUAACGAUUUGGUUUUCAGACCGUGGCAUUGGUUGGAGAGAGCGGGAGUGGGAAAUCUACGGUGAUAAGCUUAAUCGAGAGAUUCUACGAUCCAGAUUCAGGCAAGAUUCUCUUGGAUCAAGUUGAUGUUCGAACAUUGAAACUGAGUUGGUUGAGGCAACAUAUGGGUUUGGUUAGUCAAGAACCGGUUUUAUUCAACGAGACGAUCAGAUCAAACAUAGCUUAUGGCAAAACCGGUGAAGCCACGGAGGAAGAGAUCAUAACCGCGGCCAAAGCAGCUAAUGCGCAUAACUUCAUAAGCACGUUACCACAAGGCUACGAAACUUCGGUAGGUGAACGCGGUGUACAGUUAUCCGGUGGUCAGAAACAGAGGAUCGCCAUAGCUAGGGCUAUUCUCAAGGAUCCUAAGGUUUUGUUGCUUGACGAAGCAACAAGCGCGUUAGAUGCGGAGUCUGAGCGGGUGGUGCAGGAUGCGCUUGACCGCGUGAUGGUGAACCGGACCACGGUUGUGGUGGCUCACCGGCUCGCUACGAUUAAGAACGCGGAUGUUAUUGCGGUUGUGAAGGACGGUGUGAUCGCGGAGAGAGGAAGACAUGAAACGUUAAUGGAGAUAUCAGGUGGUGCUUAUGCUUCGCUUGUAGCUUUUCACAUAAGUGCGAAUUGAAAAAACGUUUUUGUUUUGUAAUGAUCUUAAAAACUUGUGUUUUUAUCUAC